AAGUUCUGUAGUCAAACAUGGCGGCGCAGCAGAGUGAUGUUGAUGAGCUCUUCGAUGUGAAAAAUGCCUAUUAUAUUGGCAGUUAUCAACAAUGUAUUAACGAGGCUCAGAAGGUGAAGCCGUCAGCCCCAGAGAAGGAGGUUGAGAGGGACAUGUUUUUGUACAGAGCAUACAUCGCCCAGAGGAAGUAUGCUGUUGUCCUGGAUGACAUCAAGGGCAACUCUCCACCAGAGCUGCAGGCUGUCAAGAUGUUUGCUGAAUAUCUGUCCAGUGAAAGCAAAAGGGAUGCCAUUGUUGCUGAUCUAGACAAGAAGAUGGCCAAGAGCGUGGAUGCUGCCAACACCACCUUCCUCCUCAUGGCUGCCUCCAUUUACUACCAUGAGACGAACACUGAUGCUGCUCUCAGAACUCUGCACCAAGGAGAAAGCCUGGAGUGCAUGGCCAUGACCAUUCAGGUGUUGCUAAGUCUGGAUCGUGUUGACCUGGCAAGGAAAGAGCUGAAGAAGAUGCAGGAGCAGGAUGAGGAUGCUACUCUCACCCAGCUGGCCACAGCCUGGGUUAAUAUUGCUGUGGGCGGAGAGAAGCUGCAGGAUGCCUACUACAUUUUCCAGGAGAUGUCGGACAAGUACUCAUCGACACUGCUGCUCCUCAACGGGCAGGCGGCCUGUUACAUGGCUCAGAACAAGUGGGAGGAGGCUGAGGGAGUGCUACAGGAGGCACUCGACAAGGACAGCAGCCACCCUGAGACGUUGAUCAACCUCAUAGUGCUGACUCAGCACCUGGGCAAAGCUCCCGAGGUAACCAAUCGGUACCUCUCUCAGCUCAAAGAUGCACACCGAGCCCACCCAUUCCUCAAAGACUACUUCGCCAAGGAGAAUGAGAUUGACAGACUAGCGAUGCAGUACGCUCCCACCGCCACAGCAUAAGACGUCUUCUUUUGCUGAGACACCAACAGUUUUCCUCUUUCUAACUUGCAUACAUGUAUUUGUUUUGAUAUGUCAGAAAAAAAUGUCACAUUAAAACAUCGGCUGUAUUGUUUAAACCGGACCAGAAGUCACCAUGUCCCCUGGGUGCACAUGAAACAUGCCCAUCCUUUAUUAAUUUGAGUUUCUCCAAUAGAAAUCAACAGUUUUAAUGUAAGCAUUCCUGUGCAAUGAUAAUAAAUGUUUAAUACCUGUG